GCCGUGCACGGCGUGCGAACCCACGGCUGCCCCGCGCGCCCGUGCCGGCCAUCAGCCAUGGACAUCGACCUCGACCGGGCGCGCGCGCUGCGCGUCCUCGGCCGGGGCGCCAUGGGCACCGUGUUCCUCGUCGCCGACGGCCCCUCGGCGGCCUCGCGUCCCUACCGCUACGCCCUCAAGGCCUUCGACAAGCGCUCCGCCAAGCCCGACGCUGAUCGCCGCGCGCGGUGGGAGAUCAACGUGCUCUCCCGCCUCGCGCACCCGCACCUCCCGUCCCUCCUCGGCUUCACCGAGACGGACGACCUCCUCGCCUGGGCCGUCCCCUACUGCUCCGGCGGCGACCUCAACGAGCUCCGAUACUCGCUCCCCGACCGCAUCUUCUCCCCCGCCGCCAUACGCUUCUACAUUGCCGAGAUCGUCUCCGCGAUCGCCGAGCUCCACGCCGCCGGCUUCGUGUACCGCGACCUCAAGCCGGAGAACGUGCUCCUCCGCGCCGACGGCCACGUCAUCCUCACCGACUUCGACCUCUCCCGCCUCCUGCACCACGGGCCCACGUCCGCGUCCUCAUCGCCUCCGCCGCCAUCGCACCGCGGCCACAACCGCCGGGCGCGCGUCGCCGCCCGCAGCGACUCCCUUGUCGGCCAGGCCAAGUCCAGGCCCCCUCAGCCGUGGUCCGCGGCGCCGUCGCCGCGCCAGCAGCUCCAGAACCUGGUCCGGUACCUGAUGGGAAGCGACGGAGCCCUGGCCAAGAAGACCAAGUCGGCGCGGGUGUCGCCGGUGAGCCGGAAGCCCGGGAGCUUCGGCAGCUCCGGCGCGGGCGCGUGGGGCAAGUCCUACUCCUUCGUCGGCACGGAGGAGUACGUGGCGCCGGAGAUGGUGCGCGGCGAGGGCCACGGGUUCGCCGUGGAUUGGUGGGCCGUCGGCGUGCUGGUCUACGAGAUGGCGUACGGCCGGACGCCGUUCAAGGGCCAGAACCGGAAGGAGACGUUCCGGAACGUGCUGCACAAGGAGCUGGAGUUCCCGGGGGACAGCCGGCGGCGGACGCCAGAGCUCGCCGACCUCGUCUCGCGCCUGCUGGAGCGGGACCCGAGGAGGAGGCUCGGGUACGCCGGCGGCGCGGACGAGAUCCGCGAGCACCCGUUCUUCGCCGGCGUGGCGUGGGACAUGCUCACGGAGGUGUCCCGGCCGCCCUACAUCCCGCCACCGUCCGACGAGGGUCUCGCGGCCGGCGAGGGGUUCGACGUGAGGGACCACUUCAGGAACCUUCACCAGCCACCCCCUCCAAAGGGCGCGUCGGACGCCUCGUCGGACUUCUCGUCGGAGUUCUGAGCUCCGACGGCGCCACCGCAGGUGUUAGUUGUUUUGCGCUUUGGACCUCGGUAGAGUACCGUAUUGUAACUGACGGCUCGAGGGUGCCUGUACUGUACAUACACGGGGAGGGGGACGGCGUUGUAAAUUCGGCGUAGGGUUGGCGGAGUUGUGCAAACAUUUUGGGAGGGCUGGCUGGCUGGCGCACGUGCGGGCUCGCCGUGCUCUGAGGUCGAAUCAUUUUCUUCGUGUAAUUCUCGCUUGCCUUGCAAGCGAUAAAACUGAUUACCGAAGGAAAAGGUAACGUGACUUGGAGCA